UCUAAGAAAAUGACAAAAGAGAUAUAUUCUGUAAAUACUGUGGCAAAUACACUUUGCCGCAGAAAAUCUACACAUUACAUGAAGAUCCCAUUGAAGUCGACUGAACAGAUAUAUUUAAUAUUCCUCAUACCAACUUUAAUCAAUUGUUUCAUAUUCAUUAUUCAUUUUGCUGCUGACUUGGUGGUAGCUAUUCAACACUUCAAAGAGGAUAAUCCACUAUGGGGGAUGUUCACUGUUACAAUUAUCUAUUUACCAGCACUCAUGUACUUUAUACUGACAGUUUCGAGGCCUGAUUGGUGGAUGACAGAAGAUGAUAAAAUAUCGAAAGGAGUUAUCGGCUGGUUCGUCCUUCAAAUGUGUCAGUUCAUAGGAUUCGUGUUCUUCGUAUUAUAUAGAUUUGCUGGACUUAUUGUGCUGUCCGUGGAUGCUAUAAAUUUAUCCGGAGAUGAGAGGCUCAAGACAUUAAAUGUCGCUGCAGCACCUGCGGCCAUCGAGUUGUACUUUUUUCUGCAGGCGUGGUUUCAAGCUGCUCCGCAGGCAGUAUUUCAGACGCAUCUUCUCUUUAGACAAAGCUCUGUGCCCCGCAGUUAUCAAUCAAUAGUGGCUAUCAAGACAGCUUCUUUUCAAAGAUUUGAAAGCCAGCGUGUAAAUGGCAGGAAACUACCCUGGGCAAUGUGGUUGAAGAAAUAUUGCAUUCAGGAAAUUAAUAAUAUCGAGGAAAAGGUGCCACUACAAACGUUACCUUUACCUACAAAGCAGCCAGAAGACACUGUAAACGCUCCAGCCAAAUCAACGGCACCGGAAGAAAACGCGGCGACCGAGAAUGAACAGGAGCACCAAACCCAAACGCAUGCAGCUUUGCUGAACCGUCAGGUCUCCAUGACUCCACCGUUACCACCGAAAAAUGUACACGUAACACCGCCACCGACGCCGCUUCGCGGCAUAACAACGGUAGCACCGCUCCCAGUGCCGGACAUACCGGCACCACCACGUCCAGAUUCCGUUUACAUGGAGGAAGAGACGAAAGCAGCGAUGUCGGAUCAAAGACUGACAAGCGACAGCGCGUCGAGCUUGAAAGUUCCUAAACGAAAGUAUUCUAAGAAGGGUCUCGAAGAGGACGACCCAAUGGGAAAGUUCUUGUCCUUCCUCUGGUGGUUCUUCUUCAUCCUGGCACGCGUGUUUGCCAUUGCUGUGGCCUACGAAUUCUAUCCGUUGACCGUGGUGACGAUGAUAUGCGUGCACUACGCUAUCAUGUUGGCCUAUCUGUUCUACUACUCUAAGUAUUACGACGUCAUCACGCUCGUCGUCAAUCUCUGGCUCGGCCUGGUCUAUAUAUUCAGUCUGAUCGAAUACCGGAUCAAAUUCAAAUAUGCCGACUGGUGUACGUUGCCGUAUUAUGUGUUCGUGAUCGCGCAGAACGUGGCAUUUACACUCGCGUGGUACUUGAACGCCGACUGGAAUGGAUUCUGGUACACAUACAUAUUCUGGGCGAUCAUUGGCAGCAUGGUGCUCUGUGUCCUUUCGUCCGCGGUAUACCACGUGAUGUUCAAGCCCAAGAAACGCAGAGUUUAUAGCAGCUGACGAUCGUUGGAGGCACUGUCCUUCGAAUAAAUCUUCUGAGAAUCGUAUAUCCGCUUUUACUUUCGU